AUGUUGGAUGACUUUGAGUUUGCAGAAAUUGAACUCACUUCACUACUCAACCAGCAACAAGUCAAUGCCCUGCUGGAUCUCUUUGCUUGUGUCACACAGGGAGCUGUCCAAGUCACACUCAAGAAUGAUGCCAAACUUUGCAAAGCAUGUGAUGCAGCUGUGAUGGAACUCACUCCAUUCUCCAGGGUCGAAGUUAAGGUACCAUACAAAAAGGAAGAAUGUAUGUUCAAAGCACAUAUUCACCCACUAUGGGAGUGGGCACUUGAUAUCUUAGAAAAUCCAUUCCUCAGUCCACAUUUCACCUGGGACACACUGCGACUUUACAGGCACAACAGCACUGAGUAUGAACAUUUUUACGACAAGCCCUGGACUGGAGAUUAUUGGUGGGAUAUUCAAUUGAGUCUACCAAAUAUCAAGAAUGCCAUGCCAUUUGGCCUGAUCCUUUAUGCUGACAAAUCCAACCUAUCAUCUUUCAGCACUGCCAAGAGUUACCCCAUCGUUGUGCACUGUGCAAACUUGCCAGUUGAGAUUUGGAAUAGCAAUGUCAUUGGCAGAGGUACUGUUGUCAGCUGGCUGCCUAUUGUCCCCAAAGAUGCCAAAGAAGAGGGAAAGCUAGGCUACACAACCCUCAAGCAUGUUGUUUGGCACAAAUCUUUUAAAAAGUUACUUCUGGAGAUUGAGCAGUACUCAAAGACUGGGACUUUUGAACCUCGUACACAUGCCCAGGGCAUCGAUGCAUUAUGUGUUUGUGCUAUGAAUCGAGCUGAAGGUGAUGAAUUGCUGAAGUGGUUAGGUUUACAACUGAUCAAACAUGUCUUUGGCGACCUAAAGGUGAUUGUAAAGGUGCUUGGGCAACAGAUCAAAGCCGAUGUCAAGAAGUAUGUUGCAAGUUUUCCUCACUGGCAAAACCUCGCACACUUCAACCAAGUUAUUCAUGUCACUUUUUCAGAUGGUAACAAGCUGGCCAAUAUCUCCAAGCAAAUCUUCUAUGCGGGGAUCAAUGUUUUGAAGAAGAGUAUCACCCCUGAAGGGUACCAGCUCCUCCAAGUCAUCCAAAGCUACCUACAGCUUGAUAGCCUUGUCAGCUUAGAUGUCCAGACCAAAUGUAUGGUUAACAUGAUCAAUGACAAAAUAUUGACAUUUGAUCAGACACUGAAGGUCCACCUCUGGAAGCACAUUGUUCAAGAUAUCUGCCUAAAGGGUGCCACAUGCAACUAUAGCACUUGGCCCAACAAAAGUAUGCAUAAGCCAAUCCAAGAUGCAUAUGAACACCAUUCGAAUGGUAGAGAUGUUCCUGCUCAGGUAGAUCAUCAAGUUCUUGCUACGAAGCUUCUCAGAUUGCAUGUUGAUCACCUUGAGAAAUCCAUCUCUGAGGAAUCAGAUCCAGAAGUUGAUGCAGUCAGUGAGCAUACCUCAGUUGAUCAUAUUAAGCUUGGUGCACAUGUCAUCACAACCCAAACCCUGAAAGACUUGGAGGAAAAUGGUCAGCCAGAUAUGGCAUUCCAUCAGUUCCAUCAAAGGGUCUCAUAUGGAUAUCAAGUCAAGUCAUGGAUCUCCCUCCCCACUGACUUCAUGUUGAAACUGUGCUUGUGCUAA